GUCACGCUUGCCAUCCCCAGUCGACAGCCUCGACCCGUCACUCGCGUCUCGUCCUGGCUCGGUCGACCCACGCUGCAAUUCAUGCGUUCUCGAUUCAUGACGAAGUCCAUUCGUGUUCAACAGCUCGACAACCUUCCUGUAUUUCCCGGACGGAUUAACGCUGCGUACUUAUACUCGACAUGGCCGUCGUCGCGGCCCACCAAACGCCUUAGCAUCGUUCAAUUUCACCCGAAAUUUUGAUCUCAUCGCUAAUGACGCGUAACACGGACAUCAACCUCGAGACGGCGAAGUGCCCGUUCUCUCAACAGCGGUGGAGCCCCACCGAUGAACACUCGGACCGUGCCUCGCACACAUCUGCCACGGAUUCCUCCAGCACACCACUGCGUUCCGUCUCCACUGAGAGCACAUCGUGUCCUGUCUUUACUCAAGAGGUCGACCCAGUCCUCAUCAAGAAUUCGCUCGAAGACCGAAUCGCAUACCUCACGGAUUUCCUCAACUUCAGUUCGCGAGACCAGGACGUCAUUACGAAGAUCGGUCCUGCCGUCGGCGGCAUGAUUCCGUCCAUAGUAGAUGACCUCUACGCGAAACUUUUUGAGUUCGACAUCACCAAGAAGGUCUUCAUGACCCGGAAUCAUGGGUUCGAUGGGCCACUUCCCGAGAAGCUUGAGGACUUGACUUUGGAUAGUGCGCAGAUAAAGUUCCGUAAAGUAUUCAUGAAGGCGUGGGCACGUCGUGUUCUCACGUCCGACUAUACGAAUGGCAAGACGUGGGCCUACAUGGACAAAGUUGGCAUAAUGCAUACCGGCAUGUCACCAUUCAAGCAUCAACGCACUAUGGGCAUUAGCCCGCUUAAUGUCCCAUAUCGUGACUGCGCCCUGACGCUUGGUCUGGUGCAAAACAUUCUCCAGACCGCAGUUCUUCAAUUGCCAGAAGAUGCGGCCGACCUGCAAACAAAAAUAGACGCGGUAUCGGCCAUCAAUAAGGUUCUGUGGAUUCAAAACGACCUGUUUUCCCGCCACUACAUCAACGAAUAGGCAUGCAAUGGAUGCUGUAUUCUUGUGUGUAACAGAUCGAUGGUUUUGUGUCUGCAUGAAGGACCUGCACGGCUCGGUCUCUGUCAUAUGAUGUCUGAGUAGUACCCCAAGCAGGGUACUUGUAAUUACUAUACCAUACAACUCGUCGAAUUGACAUAUGUAUUUCCCCCG